AAGGUUCGCUCAGGAAUUCGAUCUGGAGGCUCGAGGAGGAAUAUACAAGCUGGCUGUGUCUUAUCCGAAGGCUGGUCCGUCCGUGAUCAUCGCUUGACGGUCCGCGCUCUUCCGCUGGCAUGGGGGUGGGCGCCACUAUAGUGCGACAGGAGCGGGUGGUGGGGAUCGCGAGUGGCGUGGGCGCAGCAGCGGCCGCGUAUUGGGGCUGUAAGCUCGCCAUCUGGCGAAGCACGGCCACCACUGGGAGAGCUAUAGCCAAUCAGAGCGCUCCACCUGCCCCUCCUCUGCUGGAGCCAUCUACUCCGUUGUUUGGGCCGUCCUUCAGGCAGAGCGUGGUUCGGUCCUGGAACACUGCAGUUGACUCCUCUCUUGGUGCGCUAGCAGCUGCUCUCAGCCGACACGGCUGGUGAUCCAACCAGGAGGGGUGAAUGGAAGAGGGACGCGUCAUGCGUGUACACGAAGACUGCUAAUUGUGACACAUUUUAAAUGACGUUUAGGAAUGAGUUAUUUGGACUGGACAGUGCACAUUGAGGUGUGCACAUGGCUGACAGAUUUGUGGGUUAUGGCAUGUACCAUGGUCAGUGAGUCAUGUAGUGAAGUGUACAUUUAUUUUACUAUACAUU